UUACAUGUCUAUCAAAAACACAACAUCACAUUCGCACCAGAACUCAGCCAUGGCUUCUAACUCUUGUCUUCUUCUUGUCCUAGCCGUCGCUUGUUUCAUCUCACCGGCGAUUUCACAGACGUGCUCUACGCAGAACGUCUCCACCAGAUUCGACAGUUGCAUGGACCUCCCCGUACUCGAUUCCUACCUCCACUACACUUACGACGCAGCCAACUCAUCCCUCUCCAUCGCAUUCGUCGCUACUCCGCCUCGUUCCGGCGACUGGGUCGCUUGGGCUAUCAACCCCACAGGGACUAGAAUGCUCGGUUCUCAGGCCUUCCUCGCCUACAGUCCUCGAGCCGGCGCGCGUCCCAUGGUGGACACGUACAACAUCAACAGCUACAACCUCACCCCAGGAAGACUUACCUUCGACUUCUGGAACCUGCGCGCCGAAUCCAUGCCCGGCAACAGGAUCGUAAUUUACGCUUCGGUUAAGGUUCCGAUGGGAGCCAACAGCGUGAACCAAGUGUGGCAGACCGGCGGGAAUGUGACUAACGGUCGUCCGGGAAGGCAUCCUAUGAAUCCGGCGAACAUGGCCUCUACAGGGGUGUUGAGAUUGACCGGUUCUAACGCUCCGAGCUCUGCUCCGGGCUCUGCUCCGGGCUCUGCUCCAGGCUCUGUUCCAGGGUCUGCUCAAGGGCCGACCACUCCUGGUGCCUCGACCACUCCAGGACAGGCGGGAGGUCCAGGGAACGCGGGGUCGAUGUCGACCAGCGUAAAUUUCGUGGUUAAUUUUGGAAUUUUGGUUAUGUUGGCUACUAUUUUCAUCUUUUGAGUAUGAUUUCAUCAUCUUUACAUUACUUUUUUUUUUUUUGCAUAAUAAUGGAGACAUAUACUGUUUGUUUAUCUUUUUAGUCUUAGAGUCAUUUACUCUUUUUUGUAUUCCACCUAUCUCCCCUCUCACCCACAUUAUUUUGAGUUAUUAUUGGAUUUGUAUGGACCAUUACUAUAUUAUCAUCUUGUCUGCUUACAAUAA